CUUCGCUGGGCACUAACUGCCACGAGCCAGACACCCAGAGUUUGUCCCUGUUGGGCAUCCGUGGUGACCAGACGUCGCCGAGCAACGGAAGAGUGGGCGGGAUUUGCCCUGAGCGCUUGUGCGCGCGACCGCCCAGACGGAAGCGGAAGUGUCGGGGGCGCGGGAGUAGGAAGUGGUGACUCCUGGAGUAGAGAUGGCCGCGCUAGCUCCGCUGCCCCCGCUCCCCCCCCAGUUUAAGAGCAUACAGCAUCAUCUGAGGACGGCUCAGGAGCAUGACAAGCGGGACCCUGUGGUGGCUUAUUACUGUCGUUUAUAUGCAAUGCAGACUGGAAUGAAGAUUGAUAGUAAAACUCCUGAAUGUCGUAAAUUUUUAUCAAAGUUAAUGGAUCAGUUAGAAGCUCUUAAGAAGCAGUUGGGUGAUAAUGAAGCUAUUACUCAAGAAAUAGUUGGUUGUGCCCAUUUGGAGAAUUAUGCUUUGAAAAUGUUUUUGUAUGCAGACAAUGAAGAUCGUGCUGGGCGAUUUCACAAAAACAUGAUCAAGUCCUUCUAUACUGCAAGUCUUUUAAUAGAUGUCAUAACAGUAUUUGGAGAACUCACUGAUGAAAAUGUGAAACACAGGAAGUAUGCAAGGUGGAAGGCAACAUACAUCCAUAAUUGUCUAAAGAAUGGGGAGACUCCUCAAGCAGGCCCUGUUGGAAUUGAAGAAGAUAAUGUAGAUGUUGAAGAAAAUGAAGAUGUGGGGGCAGCCUCUAUGCCCACUCAGUCACCACAGUCGACGUCAUUUUCAACUUAUGACCCGGGCAACAUGCCAUCAAGCAACUAUACCGGAAUACAGAUUCCUCCAGGUGCACAUGCUCCAGCUAAUACGCCGGCAGAAGUUCCUCACAGCGCAGGUGUAGCAAGUAACACUAUCCAACCUACUCCACAGACUAUUCCUGCCAUCGAUCCUGCACUUUUCAGUACAAUUUCCCAGGGGGAUAUUCGUCUAACCCCAGAGGACUUUGCUAGAGCUCAGAAAUACUGCAAAUAUGCAGGCAGUGCUUUGCAGUAUGAAGAUGUAAGCACCGCUGUACAGAAUCUACAGAAGGCACUGAAGUUACUGACAACAGGCAGAGAAUGAACCCCUGGUACAAUAGACCCAUGUAUUUUUGGCGUAAGGAUCUAACAGUUCAUUUCUCUGUCUUCAGCCUAUCAAGAUCACAGUUUAAGGAAGACUUCAGUUCCAUAGAAUAUGACAGUGAAAUCUGUGUAUCAGAUUUUUAUUGAAGCAUUCAGCAGCAGCCUUAGCCAGUUUUCAUUGUCCAUUUAGUGGAUCCGGUCAUCUGAGUAUAAAGGGCUGAUGUUAACAAGAGCCUAAAAAUGCUCAUUGAACCUUGCUUCAUAAAAUGAAAACCCAUCUCUAUAAAAUGUAUAUUGGGAAUAAGCUUUGUAUCUUAAUUUACAUACAUUAUAGGGCAGUUUUUUUUUAAUCUACAAUGUUUGGGCUAGUAGACCAUGUUACUUUGCUAUAUAAAAGUCUAAAUUUAACUCUUAAUAAAGAUUGCCAGAAUAUUCUAGAUUAGAGAUCAUGUUUUUAUUUUCCUUAAGACAUAAAACAAAUAUGAACAUCCUAAACUUUCAGAUGAAUCUGAAAGACAUUAUGUUCAGAACUCAAUUUUUAUUCAUGUUUAAUAUAACUACAUUAAAAUUUUAAAUGUUCAUGGGAGGAAUAAUUAGGUAAGGAGAUAGGAUCACUUUUAGGCUUAAGAAUAAUGUUGGUUUUCCAAUUACUUUCCCUUAUUAAUUGAAGCUUAAGGUGAAUUGGCAUUGGCUUCAUGGGCAGUUUGACUAUAUGUAUUAGAGAACAAAAGCAAGAUAUUUGUAGUGAUGCCUGGAAACUUGGUGCUUUAAGUUAAGGUUCUCUUCGCUGCUGUGGAAUGGAUUCCAUAGAGUGGAUCACUGUAAGUGAUACAGAAGACUAUAAGACUUUAGAUUCCCAGUUGUUAAGUUUUAUGUUUUGUGGGAAAUUAUGAACUUACUGUGUCACCUGCAUUUGUGUUGUGUAAAAAUAAAUACAAGGAUUCUUUUAACUAGUUCACCUUAUGACAGAGCCAAAUGUCAGUUUUGAUUUGCAUGCCAGAAUUUUUUAAGUCAUUAUUUUUAGUUAUAGGAAUGUGGAUGUUUCCAUAGUAAGAAACAUUUUCAAAAAGGUAAAAUUUGACUUAACUUACCUGAAAUUUAUCUAAUUUAUUUCAUUCAUGCCACAAAGAUUGGAAUCUUUCAACAAAGGGGUCAGCAAGUUGUGACCCACGGACUGGUCAUCUGUUUUGUAAAUAAAGUUUUAUUGAAACAAAUCAA